AUGGCCCUAUUCGAGCUGACCCUUAAGCUUCGAUCUUCUACAAAACUAACUGGACCUCGAAACGAGGCAACAUUCAUUGUAACCCUUAGUGGGAUGAUGCUUACCGUCGGUUGCUCAGUUAACCAUCAACAAGCAUCACAACAACAGCAAACUCCGCAUCCACAAUCAUCUGCGGCUGCAGUGGAAGCUGCAAUCGCCUCUCUCACCGCCAGUUUAUCUGUAGCCCAACAGCAGACGCAGCAUCAGGCACAGCUGCCCCAUUCACAACAAGUACAGCAGCAGCAGCAACACCCCACGAUGGGCCACCAGCAGGGCCAACAGUCACAGCAGCAGCAGCAGCAGCAGAAACCGAAUGAGUCAACAAAAAGCGAAAUGUUCUCACUUUGUCCACUUGACAUCGCCGCGUUGAUCGAAGCGGAGUCGCCGCGGAUGCCGCCACCUUUAAGUUUGCCCCCUCCGCCGGCCUACCCUACUUCAAAGGAAGCUGUGUCGAUAAGCACAGUCUUGACCUCGGUGUCGGUGGCGUCUCCGUGCGUUACACAAAAUCAGGUGAUACCGUUCAACCACCCGCUGCUGCCCACCCCACAGACGACUAUGACGACUUCGUCAACAGCCUUCCAGCCGUACAGACCCGUUGAUAAAUCUACAGCCAGUGGGGGGUCUGGCGGUAACGGGGUGAACUCGAGGAAAACGUUUCAAUCUGUGAUGGAAUUCAAUAUGGGUCAUUAUCGUCGGUCUGAAAGCGGUCUUUUCGUCUGCAAGUAUUGUCCACACCGAACGACACAGUCGCACCUAUUUGCUGACCAUCUCUGCCGCGAUCACGGAAUGGAUAAGCCUUUCCACUAUGAUUUUCCUGCGCCAGUGGUCAAGACGGAACCAACGGACGUUGAGGUGGAGGACGCGGCCACCGUGUUUGCAAUGCGAUUGGCAGCCGCCGCUGGCGUAUCAAUCGACGAGCCCGUGCUAGCCACGAUGGUCAUGGCUGAGGCGAUGGCAGGCGCUCAGUUCGAUGCUGAACUUCCUAGCGAACUUCGGUUCUCUGUUGAACGCGAUUGCGUAGGUGGCGGGCCACAGGAUGGACUAUACUAUUGUAACUUUUGCGAUUAUCGAUCCAGCACCCUGCAGCCGGCACGAUGGCACUUCUACCGUCGACACGCGACCCAAAAACCACCUGCGUUUCGAUGUUCGCUCUGCCAGUGGAGUUAUAUAACGAAACAUGAGCUCAAGCACCAUAUGGAAGAAAAGCACCAGGUCGGACAGGUAUUUCGAUGCAAACUCUGCCCUUUGGAGUUCGUGUCGCACCGCAAGCGAAACCAGCACGCUAAACUCGUUCAUGGGAUCAAAGCAAAACGGGGCCGUCCCACACUCGACGACUCACAGGACGACUGGAUGCUUCAGUCCGAUUUGAACAAUCAGGAUCCAUCGCAGCAGCAGCAGUUACUAACCGAGCAGCGGGUCAACGUUCGCGACCACUAUGACACCGACGAAACUUCGGGCGGGCUAAUCAUGCGCUGCAAAUAUUGCGACUUCCGUUCAACGACAUCGUUCAAGAUGUACGACCAUUUCUACCGCUAUCACUCGAAGGAGCGUCCGCUAAAGUGCCGCUAUUGCGAGCAGUGCUUUGUGCAUCCAUACGAGAGAGCUGGACACGAACGGGCCAUUCACACACAGGAGCGGCCCGUUCAGUGUCUGUACUGUACGAGAGCGUUCGCCACACUUGCUGCACGAAGAAUGCACGUUUAUCGUACACAUCCGGAAAAGAUGAUUGGCGAAGUCGAAGCUUCCUCUAAAAGGAUCACGGUCGUCGAUGACCUAGAUGGUGCCGGUCCGUCCACUUCGGGAACCUCUCAUCAGUCGUUCUCGACCGAUGCCGUUGUCAUCGACUAA